AGCUACUUGUGGAGUAUCAAACACAACAAAUGCAGACGAUGGAAGGGCAGAGUCACUCUUUGGAAGAAUAUGACAUGACACAAUCGAUGCAGUGCUAGGGAAAAAGCUUUUUUUGAGUUCUUCCAAUGUCACAAUUUCUGGUGCUACUUGACGCACAUAUACAGUACGAUUCUCGGCAGCAGCAGUGCGUCGACUUUUCUUAAAGCCACGCGAAUUAAAGUCGCUCUUUGUUGAGUCAUUAUGAGCAGCAGCUAUGCUAACACUUUUUAUAGUGGCCGAAUCCGCAGCAGCUGUCAUGGCAGCAUCCUUGACAGGAAAUUCAAUGACCACAGGCUCGUUCAUGUCUCGAAAUACAGGUCGAGGUCGAGUACCCACAAAGUUGGCAGCUUUGCGAGCAAUUUCUGGCGUCCGGAAAGUAAGAAAAACAGAUGCGCGACGCUCGUUGGACCGCUGUAAAAUCUUUAUUCGCUUGUUUUCGUUGAACGGGGCAAGUACAGCAUCAAGUUCGGGUUUAUUGAUGUUGUGUGGGCAAUUGACAAGAUGCACUGUUCGACUACAUGUAUUGACAUCAAGCGAGUUUCGAUCAAAACUGCUUGAUCGACGAGCUGAUCUCUGAACUGGAGCAGAGGUAUGGCCAGAGUAAGUGCUGGUGGCAGCACCAGUAGUGGUUGGUGCUGUAGAGGUAGAUAGAAAUUCUGGCACGCCAGUUUUUUCAUAGCGUGGGAUGAUUUCUAGCGACUCUGAUUGCGCAAACAGCUUGGUAUU